AUGUCCUACUAUGCGCAUAUUGUGUUUGACUAUGACAUAAACGACACUGGUUUUGGCGACUUGGGGCUGGCCCUGGAGGAUCCGUGUGAACUGGAUCAAGUUAUAACCCUUGACCUCCAGAGAGUGUUCCUCCCUGUGGUCUACGGCUUCAUCUUUGUCCUGGGCACCACUGGGAACGGCCUGGUGUUGAUGGUGCUUGGCUGCAAGCGCAGGUCAAAAUUGAGUCUGACAGACCGCUACCGGCUGCACCUCUCUGCUGCCGAUCUUCUCUUUGUGCUGACGCUCCCGUUCUGGGCAGCGGAUUUAUGGUCUAUGUUUUAUUUUGGAAUCAUACAGAUUAAAUUCUGGUUUAGGGUAGUGAUGCUAGUUUUCUACUGUGUCAUCGUGUCCAGGCUGACCCGCAGCGGCCUUCUGCAGGGGCAGAGACAGAAGCGCAGAGCUGUCAGGACCACUGUGGCGUUGAUCCUCUGCUUCUUCCUGUGUUGGCUCCCGUAUGGUGCUGGCAUCACUGUGGAUGCCCUCAUGCGCCUACAGGUCCUUCCCAGGGGCUGCAGUCUGGAGGUGGUGCUGAGUGUGUGGCUGGCGGUGGCUGAACCCAUGGCAUUUGCCCACUGCUGUCUAAACCCGCUGCUGUACGCCUUUCUGGGGGCGGACUUCAAGAGGUCCGCCAGACGGGAGGACUCAACACUCGGUCACCUCGUCUCCAGUAUGACGAGCCCACCUCCUAGACGCCCAGGAACCUCUACUACCACAGAGUCUGAGUCAUUUAGUCUACACUCCAGCUAACAGAAUAUGGGUGUGGAUGUAGGUGUGGGUUGGAUGAGGGUGUAAAUGCUUUGUCCUAUAUAUGGGAAGAGGGUAGUCUGCUGAUCCAUGACUUUGUCCCUUGUCUGAAAGAUAAACGUUUCUGUAAAUAGGGUUUGUGGGUCACUGAUGUUGUUGUUUUUAAGUUUGUUUAUAUACAAUAAAAUUUCGAAAUGAAAUGUUCUCACUUUUUGUCUUACUCUUCCUGUCUCUCAGAGUUGUCAGUAUGUGUGUGUGUGUGUGGUUGUGUGUGUGUUAGUUUCAAUUAUUUUGGAGGUGUUCACCCCUCCCUCCAUCCCAGUUAGUGC